AUGCAUGUUAAUAUGAUAGUUCAGAGCUCCACGAAAACCCUAGAACAUAUAGGGCGAGAAUGGCGCGAACGGGAGGCCGUGUUCCAAUCCUUCCAAGCCCGCCAGUCAGUGGCCGCCGAGUUCUCUAGGCUAUCCGCGGUGACAAGCAUUAGAGCAAGCCCUAUACCUCGUUUUCCGGCAAUUAGCAGACAAAUCUCCUUGAUUCCUCAGCGGCGGAUUACUCCGAAGGUGCAAGCAAAGAAACAAACAUUUUCUUCAUUUGAUGACUUGUUGGAAAAUUCUGAUAAACCUUUACUGGUUGACUUCUAUGCAACAUGGUGUGGCCCCUGUCAAUUCAUGGUUCCAAUUCUCGAUCAAGUUAGCGAGAAGCUGAAAGAUAAAAUCCAAGUCGUGAAAAUCGACACGGAGAAGUACACGACG